AUGCGUCUCCCUGUGUGCCACUCCCAUAUCACUAUGAACUGUGAGCAGGACUUUGGAGACGGGGGCUUGGGAGUGACCCUCACAUUACGACUGCUCAUGCAUGGAAAGGAGGUUGGCAGCAUCAUAGGAAAGAAAGGAGAGACUGUGAAACGAAUACGUGAGGAGAGCAGUGCCCGGGUCAACAUCUCAGAAGGUACAUGCCCAGAGAGAAUCAUCACCAUCACUGGAUCCACAGAAAGUGUCUUCAGAGCAUUUACAAUGAUCACAUACAAACUGGAAGAGGACCUGACAGCACUGGUAGCCAAUGGCACCAUCAGCUCCAAGCCACCAGUCACCCUGCGACUGGUCAUUCCUGCCAGCCAGUGUGGCUCUCUGAUUGGGAAAGGAGGGGCAAAAAUAAAGGAGAUCAGAGAGAGCACCGGAGCUCAGAUACAGGUGGCGGGGGAUUUGCUACCCAACUCAACUGAGCGAGGGGUAACGAUAUCUGGGAAUCAGGACUCUGUAAUCCAGUGUGUCAAGCUCAUCUGUGCAGUCAUCCUGGAGUCCCCCCCGAAGGGCGCCACCAUCCCUUAUCGGCCGAGCCCCUCUCCGGCCGCCCUCCUCAUCGCAGGGAACCAGGUUUUUGAAGCAUCCGAUUUCUCACCUCACCCUCUCUACUCUGUCACCCAGGGUGGCCUUGACCUGCAGCAGGCCUACACUUUGCAAAACCAAUAUGGCAUUCCACACUCAGAGUUGGCCAAACUCCAUCAACUGUCAAUGCAGCAAAGCCUCAACCCGGUAGCCCAGCCAGCUUCGACUAUCAUCCCCGGGAUGGAAGCAAACGCGCAGACAUCUCAGGAGCUGCUUAUUCCCAAUGAUCAUUUGAGCAUCCUGUCUUACCGCCCCUCUCUUCACUCUCAGCUGAUCGGCUCCAUCAUCGGCCGUCAGGGCACUAAGAUCAAUGAGAUCAGGCAGGUGUCGGGGGCCCAGAUCAAGAUUGGCAGCCAACUGGACGGGACAAGUGACCGACAUGUCACCAUCACAGGAACCCCAGUCAGCAUUAACCUGGCCCAGUACCUCAUUACCUCCUGUUUAGAAACGGCCAAAUCCACAGCGCAGGCUUCCACCAUGGCGACUCCCGUCGACCUCAACAUGGCCUUUACCCAACCUGCGUCACCGGCCGCUUCACCCGCUCCUGCCCUGGCUACGGUGGGAGCCUUGACCCCAGCUCAUGUGCUGGGCACCCCGUACGGCGCCGUGCCCCUUUCGGGCCUGCUGGGGAUGAAGUCCGUCCCUUUUCUGACUCUGUCUAGCCCAGCUCCCGCCGUGGCCGUCACGGCAGCGCCCUCCCACACCACUCUGGCGGCAUACACAGCCAAAAUCUCCUCAGCCAACUGCAUUAAAAAGCCAGAGAGACAGAAGUUUGCUCCUUACUGA